AUGCAAAAGAUCCUGUGGGACCGGCGCGUCUGUCUUCGCCUGCUCGACAAGAUUCAAGUUCGCACGCCGAAGCGACUCGAAGUCAACCGAGACGGAGGACCACAAGUCCUAACGCCCGAAAUAGCGAAGCAUAUCAAGGAUGUGUCUGGCAUCGCCCUGGAACCAGUCGAUGCUGAAAACCAGGUGCCCCCAAGGCGUGUCGAGCUGAUCGACAAUGGCGACGUUCUCAGCGUCGACGGCGCGCUGCUGAGAAAGCCGUUUGUAGAGAAGCCGACGAGCGGCGAGGAUCACAACAUCAUCAUCUACUUUCCCAGCAGCGAGGGUGGUGGUGCGAGGAAGCUUUUCCGCAAGAUCGGAAACAAAAGCUCCGACUACAUCGCCGACCUCAACGUCCCAAGGGCCAUCACCGAACCUGGCAGCAGCUAUGUGUACGAGAGCUUCAUGCAAGUCGACAACGCCGAAGAUGUCAAGGCAUACACGGUCGGUCCGCAUUACUGCCACGCCGAGACUCGAAAGUCCCCAGUCGUCGACGGUAUUGUGAGGCGGAACACGCACGGGAAGGAGCUGCGCUACGUCACCGCCCUGAGCCCAGAGGAGAAGGGGGUGGCGGCUAGGAUAUCGACGACGUUCGGUCAACGAGUCUGCGGCUUCGACCUGUUACGCGCAUCCGGCAAGAGCUACGUCAUAGACGUCAACGGAUGGAGCUUCGUCAAGGACAACGACGAUUACUACGAUCACUGCGCCAACAUUCUCAAGGACAUCUUUGUCAAGGACAGGUUGCGCCGCGGCGGUGUUACGCCUCCGAUGCCAUCUCCCGCCGCGACCGCCGCUGACAUUGACCCGCUUGCACGGGCGACCCAAGCCGUCAAGGGAAAGGAACGUGAGCAGCAAGCUGCGACGGCACCUCCGGCUGCCGCCAGGGCAGCCAACGGUGGCCACGGUACGCCACCCGGCGUGGAGCAGCAGCACAGGGACUCUGCCGGCGCGGUCCAGAGCGAGGCAGCGUCUUUCCAUACCAGCAGUGCCAUGAGCUCGAUGGCCCAGAGCUCCGCGACGAGCCCUACGCUGCCCCCGCCACCUCCGGACCUGACGUUGCCCAGCUGGUCCGCUGCGCCGUCCCCGACCAAGGCGACGACGCCGACCAAGGCAACUUCUCAGCCGCAGGGCGACGACCAGGGCACGGCACCGCCGCCGCCGCCACCUCCCAAGCACGCGUGGAAGCUCAAGGGUAUGGUGUCUGUGAUACGACAUGCCGAUCGCACGCCGAAGCAAAAGUACAAGUUCACCUUCCACACGGAACCGUUCAUCGAGCUCCUUAAGGGACAUCAAGAAGAGGUUCUCCUCAUCGGCGAGGCGGCGCUCGGAAGCGUCAUGCAGGCUGUCGACGUCGCGUACGAGGCGGGUGUGGAAGAUCGAGCCAAGCUCAGGCAACUCCGCAACGUUCUCGUCAGGAAGGGCAGCUGGGCCGGAACCAAGGUCCAGAUCAAGCCGAUGUUUCGAAAGAAGAAGACGCGAGGGAUGGCGACCAUGAAGGAGGUGCCGGACGUGGAGGAUGAGAACGGGGAAGGGGCGGUUCAGAGCAACUUUGGCGAAUGCCCCGGCCAUGAAUCCGACGUGCCGCCCGGCUCCAAGGGACGCGACUCGUUGUCCGGGGUCACCAUGUCCAAGUUCACGGCGGCCGAGGAGCGGCUCGUGCUCGACAAGCUGCAGCUCGUCAUCAAAUGGGGUGGCGAGCCGACGCACUCGGCGCGGUACCAGUCGCAGGAGCUCGGCGAGAACAUGCGCAACGACCUGAUGCUGCUCAACAGGGACAUCCUCGACGACGUCAACGUCUUCAGCAGCUCCGAGCGUCGUGUCACGGCCAGCGCGCAGAUUUGGGCCGCCUCCUUCCUGGGUAGAAAGGAGAUUCCAGAAGACUUCAUCACGAUCCGCAAGGAUCUCCUGGACGACUCCAACGCGGCGAAGGACGAGACGGACAAGGUUAAGAAAAAGCUCAAAGGUCUUCUCCGCAAGGGCAACGAGCGUCCGGCGCAGUUUGCCUGGCCCGAGAACAUGCCGGAGCCGUCCGAGGUGCAGACUCGGGUGGUGCAGCUGAUGAACUUUCACCGGCGCGUGAUGCAGUACAACUACGGCAAGCUCUACAGCGGGGCGGCGACCUCGUUGAGCUCCAUCUCGAACCCGAGCACGGAGAAGCUCUCGGGAGACAGCUCGGCGACGUCGAUCUCGUCGGCGCUAUCGCACGCCAACGCGAUCAACAACAUCCAGUCUCGAUGGUGUAGCGGCGAAGACGCCGAGCUGUUCCGCGAAAGAUGGGAGAAACUCUUUGCCGAGUUUUGCGACGGCGAGAAGGUGGACCCGAGCAAGAUAUCGGAGCUGUACGACACCAUGAAGUUUGAUGCCCUCCACAACCGCCAGUUCCUGGAGUGGGUCUUCACGCCGCCGAAGAGCAUGCUCGACGAGGAGUACGGGGUGAGGGAAGGGAAGUCGGAGGAAGGGCGUGCCGAGGAGGCAAAGUCGGACAAGGGCCAGGCUCAGGGUCGAAACACGUCUCCGGACGGAUCCGACAAGACGGAUUCGUUGACCCGCGGAACGACGGUCAGGAAGCUCUUCCGACGACGUUCGUUCCUCAACGGGCUGCGGCAUCUCAACGAGGAAGGUCCGCCAGAGAAGUACUUUCGACUGUACAAGGGCACGCACCAGGCGUCGUCGACGAAAUCCGACCCGAGGGACGACCCGCUGCAGGAGCUCUACCGGCUCGCCAAGGUGCUCUUCGACUUCAUCUGCCCGCAAGAGUACGGCAUUUCGGACAGCGAAAAGCUCGAGAUUGGCCUCCUGACGUCGCUGCCGCUGCUCAAGGAGAUUGUGCAGGACCUCGAGGAGACGCAGGCGUCGAAGGAUGCCAAGUCCUUCUUCUACUUUACCAAGGAGUCGCACAUCUACACGCUGCUCAACUGCAUCAUCGAAGGCGGGGUCGAGACGAAGAUCAAGCGGAGCACAAUUCCCGAGCUCGACUACCUCUCGCAGAUUUGCUUCGAGCUGUACGAGUCGGAGCUGAAGGCUCCGGCGGGGGCGGACGGUGUCGCCGGCGGCGAGCCGACGUUCACGUACAGCAUCCGCAUCACCAUCAGCCCGGGGUGCCACGUCUUCGAUCCGCUGCACGUCCAGCUCGACAGCCGGCACUGCAUCGGAUGCGCGCCGCGACGCAGCUUGACGGCCCACAUCGACUGGCUGCAAGUCAUCAAGACGCUGCGCGCCAAGUUUAACCAGUACGUGCCCCCUGCUCACCACCCAGCCUCCCUCCCGUCCCUCGCUCGCCGUGCGUUGCUGACGCCGUUGCACAGAGUCAAGCUGCCGAAGACAUUCCUCGCCGUCAACCUCUCGGACGCGUUCACGUUUGAGGAGCAGGAGCGGCUCGCGCACGACAGCGACAUGCUCGAGAUGAAGUCGAUGCCGGCCAAGGAUCACGCGUCCGUCGCACACGAAGCAGCCGAGGAUGCAGAUGCCACCCCUACCGGCGACGGGUUCGACGGCGCAGCGUUUGACCCGAGCUCCCGCAACGGGUCUUGA